UCUGGAAGCUAGGCCGGAGGCCAGGGGGUGGGGCGGCGGUGCCGGGCUCUCCGGAAGGAGACGUGGCGGUGGUUGGGUUCCCGGCUUCUAGGUGGCUUUAUAGUCCCGCCGCCGCCUCCUCCUCCUCCUCCUUCUCCUCCUCCUCCUCGUCUCCUCUUUGGCCCGAGGAGGGUGUAGCAGCGGCUGGGGAAAGUGGCAGCGGAGGAUGGAGGAAGGAGGCGGCGGCGUGCGGAGUCUGGUCCCCGGGGGGCCGGUGUUCCUGGUCCUCUGCGGCCUCCUGGAGGCGUCUGGCGGCGGCCGCGCGCUUCCCCCGCUCAGCGAUGAUGUCCCUUUUCGAGUCAACUGGCCCGGCACCGAGUUCUCUCUGCCCACAACUGGAGUUUUAUAUAAAGAAGAUAACUAUGUCAUCAUGACAACUCCAGACAAAGAAAAAUAUAAAUGUAUACUUCCCCUUGUGACAAGUGGAGAUGAGGAAGAAGAAAAAGAUUAUAAAGGCCCUAAUCCAAGAGAGCUUUUGGAACCGCUGUUUAAACAAAGCAGUUGUUCUUACAGAAUUGAGUCUUAUUGGACUUAUGAAGUAUGUCAUGGAAAACAUAUCCGGCAGUACCAUGAAGAGAAAGAAACUGGUCAGAAAAUAAAUAUUCAUGAGUACUACCUUGGGAAUAUGUUGGCUAAGAACCUUCUAUCUGAAAAAGAACUAGAAGCGGAAGAAAAAGAAAAAUCAAAUGAGAUUCCCACUAAAAAUAUUGAAGGUCAGAUGACACCCUACUAUCCUGUGGGAAUGGGAAAUGGUACACCUUGUAGUUUGAAACAGAACCGGCCCAGAUCAAGUACUGUGAUGUACAUAUGUCAUCCUGAAUCUAAGCAUGAAAUUCUUUCAGUAGCUGAAGUUACAACUUGUGAAUAUGAAGUUGUCAUUUUGACACCACUCUUGUGUAAUCAUCCCAAAUAUAGGUUCAGAGCAUCUCCUGUGAAUGACAUAUUUUGCCAGUCACUGCCAGGAUCUCCAUUUAAACCCCUCACUUUGAGACAGUUGGAGCAGCAAGAGGAAAUACUAAGGGUACCUUUUAGAAGAAAUAAAGAGGAAGAUCUGCAGCCAACUAAAGAAGAAAGGUUUCCAGCAGUCCACAAACCUAUUGCUGUUGGCUCUCAGCCAGUGCUCACUGUUGGAACAACUCACAUAUCCAAACUCACAGAUGACCAGCUUAUAAAAGAAUUCCUCAGUGGCUCUUACUGCUUUCAUGGGGGUGUUGGUUGGUGGAAAUAUGAAUUCUGCUAUGGCAAACAUGUAUAUCAGUACCAUGAGGACAAGGACAGUGGGAAAACUUCUGUAGUUGUGGGGACUUGGAAUCAAGAAGAGCAUAUUGAGUGGGCAAAGAAGAACACUGCCAGAGCCUAUCAUCUUCAAGACGAUGGGACCCAGACAGUCAGGAUGGUCUCACAUUUUUAUGGGAAUGGAGAUAUUUGUGAUAUAACUGACAAACCAAGACAAGUGACUGUAAAACUAAAGUGUAAAGAAUCAGACUCUCCUCAUGCUGUUACUGUGUAUAUGCUAGAGCCUCACUCCUGUCAGUAUAUUCUUGGGGUUGAAUCUCCAGUGAUCUGUAAAAUCUUAGAUACAGCAGAUGAAAAUGGACUUCUUUCUCUCCCCAACUGAAGGAUAUUAAAGUUGAAGGGAAGAAAAGAUCAUUGAAAGUCAUGAUAAUUUCUUUCUGACCAUGUGUCUCAUUAAGAGUUCACAGCCGGCCCAGGGAUUUAGCUCAGUGGUUUCGCUGCCUGCUGCACAAGCGCAAGGACCUGAGUUUGAUCCCUGGUACCAAAAAAAAAAAGAGUUCACAGCCAUGGACCUCAUCUUAAGGAUGUAUAAAAAGAUUCUCAACCACUUUGUGAAUGUAUAUGUGUAUAUAAGAGGUUAUUGAUAAACUUCUAAGACAGACAUUUAUCUCACUUUUUUCUUUUUUAUGUGUGUCAUAUGAACUGAUUGUGUUUUGUCUUUGCUUGGAUAAUGUGACUCCAAAAUAAAACUCAUCCAAGCACAUUAAUGGGUCUAGCCCCUCUGAAUGUUGGAAUUGUUGUACUUACUUAAAGAUUUUAAAUAAUAGAUUUAUUUGUAAAUUACAGUAUAUAUAGCUAGCUAAUGAAGUAAAGAUAACAAAGAAAUUGGUGUUUAUUUAAAUGAGAGACCAUGUAAAGUGUGUAAAUUCUAAUGCCUAAAAUCCUUUCAACAAUAUAGCAGCUGCUCUCUGCCAGGCAUUAAACUAGAAAAUGGGCACAAA